UGUAAGCUGGUUCUGGGGGGGGGACACAGAACUGGCUCCUCGCGCUGCUCCCUGCGAGCCGUGGGCGGUUCUCCGGAGCGUAUAAAAGCGCUUGUGAUCAAAUUGCAUUUUCACAUUUCAUCUGCGUCUCUCUCCUUCCCAAAUGCGGACAUACACAUCUAUGCACACGUACAAAAAACUGCUUUUCUGCGCUUUUCUUCUCCUGGACUGACGUUGGAAACGCGGGAUAUGUGCGAUCGCAAUUAUGAGCGACUUUUUCCUCCCUUCGGAAAUACGAUAAAAUAGCUAAAAUCGGCUUCUGCGUAUUGUAGGGGACGCGCAGCUGUCUUUCCUUAUGAAGAAGGCAAAAAUUUGGAUAGUCACUUUUGUGCAUUUAUUGUUCUCCAGUUCAUGUUUUGCUCCAUCCAGUGAAAUCAGACAUAUCAUUACAGAUGAUGACAAAAUAAUCUCUCUGUUGAAGCAGAAUAUUCCCAAAGAUUACAGGAUGGCUGUCUGUUUCAUCCCCAAGGAAUUGAGCCACAUGUGUUGGGUUCAACUCAAUGUAUAUCACUUGGAGGGAAGCUUAAAAGUUUUGCAGGACAAGUUUGGGGACAUUUCAUCCAACAGGGACAAUCUCAGCAUUGUUAUCCGAAGACUACAAGACAUGCGGGUUAAAAUUGAAUACCUGGAGUCAAUGAUGCAAGACUUCGCCUGCCAUUACAGAGAAGAAUCUUGGGUGGCAGAGCAUUAUUUUGACUUUGUUCAAGACUUAUUAAAAUCUAACACUUAUGAAAUGAAAUCUGAAGACUGUGAAUCGCCCCCCUGUCCCCCAUCAACCCCUCCCACCACUCCAACAGGAUCUCCUGAGCAGGAUCCAAAUAAGAUCAGCUGUAAUGUUUCAACGACAGACUGUGAUAAGCAAGCACAGGCUCAGCAUAUAUCAGAAGUAGUUGGAAAAAGUCUCCUAAUCUUACUACUAAUUCCUACAGCUGCUCUCAUAUUUUUCAUAUAUUGGAAGAUCAAACACAGAAAAGAGGAACCUCCAAAGAGGCCGGCUGAGCACGAGAAGCUGUUUGAUACCAUCCUGCAAGCAGCUACGCCACCAGUAGACCAAGAAUGCUAGACUGCAAUACAAGUGGCUGUAGUAAAAAUCAUAUCUCUGCCAUAAAGGACUCACUUUGCCUCCUUAUACAAGAGGGCACAUUCAUGGCAGUGCAUCUACAUCUGACCUCAGGAUUGAUACUGACAUUGAAAAGGAGCUGUUUGUAGACACGGAAGUCCCAGAAAGCUGGAAAGAGGCCUCAUCUAUAACUCCAGCAAGGAAAGACCAGAAUGUGCUAAGAAGAUCUGGGACAGAUUUUUAAAAGGGAACAAUUAAUGAACUCACAUCAAAAGCCAGGAUGUAAUUGUGAUGUCACAAUGGAGAGAUGCUAUGCUGGUGGCUGUCACCAUUGUCAGCCGUCAGUGUUUUGGUGCAUGGUGGUUGAAUGCGUAGGGCGUUUUUCAGUGAACACAGUGGUCCAAAAUGUUCCUUUCUGUUGCAAUCUGAAAUAUUUCCUUUAUUCCUCUGAGCCCCCAACAGUCAGAGCUGAACAUAUAGACUAUUCUCAACUGUCACAAAAUAAUGUACUUCUUGAUAAAUCUUUCUAUUAUACUUAAGUUUUAAAAAAGGGUUCUCAUGAAAUUUCGGUAACACUUAAAGCAGUCAUCAUAAUGCAUUAUAGAUACCUUUAUAAUGCAUUAUAAAACAUUCAUAAAGAAUUAUAAAC